AUGUCCACAGCCAGUAGUACGGACCACUCUGUUCCGGCACAAUGGAAACAGCAGACGAUAUUUUCAUGCAAGUCAGGCAAACGUAAUUUCACUACAGAAGAAGACGUUGAAAUGAUUGAAAACCUCCCUCUCUGGAAGAAAGAAUUAUUGAUAAAGAAACAAAAACAUUUGCAGAACCAACCACACCAACAACAUAAAAACGGUUUGCUUCUGAAUAGUCCUCCAAAAGAAAGUUCGCCAGAUGGCCGGCCAACGUCUACAAGUUAUUUUUAUCCGGCCGUCGAAUGUAGGAGAAAAAAAUCCCAUUCUCGAAGCACUAAUUCUUCUCUUCCUGAUUUGUUGGAUGAUGUUGUCUACAAAGAGGAAAAAGCUAAGAAGAGGCUUAGUGUGAAUGUGGUCUCAAAGAGGAAAGAUUUAGUUGGGGAUGAUGAUGAAGACGACGAUACAGCUGUCAGGGAGGAGAGGAUUUUACCAAUUCAUCUUAACCCCAUUUUGAAAAUGGAUUUGGAAAGGCGGAUGAAUGAAAAGACAACAGCAGCAUCAGCAAUGAUGGCCAACCAACAACAACUACUCAUCAAAUCUCCAAAUCGAGAAUCAAAGUGUCUUGACGUUCGGACGCAAGAUGAAUUAAAAACAGUUCAAUCUAUUAGUGAUAGCGUUUUUGAAAACAGCAUCGACAUAGAGACUAAAGGGCCCUCUAAAAAUAAUUAUAAUAUAAAUAAUAAUAAUAAUAAUAAUGAAAAUAUUAAUAUAAUUAGUAAUAAUAUGAGUAAUAAUAUAGAUAGUAUAUGUAGUAAUAAAAGAUUUCUAAAAAGCUACAAUGAUCGUAACGUCACGAAUAUUGAUGACGACGACGACGAUGAUGAUGAUGAAAAUAACGACAGUAAAGAUAAUGUCGAUGAUGACUUUUUAUUGUUCAAUAACACCUCAAAUACCACCACUACUACUACUACCGCCGCUGUCGCUACUACUACUGCUUCUACAACUACUACUACUACUACUUCAAAAAAAUUAUUACCUGCAAAACGUGACUUUGCCCAUGAUGUCAACGUCAAUAGCAACAACUUUUCAGUAAAAUUGAGACCAACUACACCUACUCCAACAGCAACUACUAAAAUUGGGGAUGGGGAUGAUGAUGAUGAUAACGAAGGCGAUGGUGAUGGUGAUGAUAAGAGCAAGUCAAUUGCUCAAUUGAUCAAUAAAUUUUCCACCGGCUCUCCUGUGAAUAAAGUUAGAAGUCACAAUAAUAUCAGCAAAAACAUCUCUCCAACAUUAGAAGAUGGUUUCCAAAUGACCACAUCAGCAGCAACAGUAGCUACUGCAUCAGCCACAUCAACGACAACAACAGAUAAACCUCUCAUCGUCAACACCACCACCACCAUCAUCAACAACAACAACAGAUACAACAACAGUGUUAAUGAGUCACUCACCAAAACUCAAGUCGCGCCAAACUCAUUCAAGUUUACCUCCAAGACUACCAAACAGUUUAAAUCAGCUGUGACUAAUGGUCCUGUUGAGAGUGUCGACCUGGUUGAUGGUAAUGACAAUGAUAAAGGAUCCAACUUCUCAAAUUCAUCAGGAACAGCUGUUUAUACCAGUUCAACAUCGACAACAACAAUUUUACCAAAAAUUACAACACCAGGUAAGGUGGCCUCUGCAAAAAUUUCCACUCCCAUCUCAACUACAACAACAAGCAUUAACACCAAUGAUGUUAAUGACAUCAAUAGUUGCAACAACAUUUUUUCCUCUUUGUCAUGUUCAUCGUCAUCGGGCUGGCAGGGCAUGACAGCAAAGAAAAAUGUUGCAGUUGAUGUCGUCAGAGCCUCGGCGACGUCAUCAAAAACACUAUCAAUACUGACAUCAACGUCAACAAAUGUUAAUAACAGCCUAGCAACAAGCAACAACAACACUAGUGAGUUGGCAAAUAAAACAACACCUCUCAACAAUUUGAAUUCAGUAACUUCUGCAUCAUCAGCAAUAACCACGACGACCACAUCCACAACGACAAAACCGUCACAAACUCUGAUACCGAGACCGGGGAAAUUGUUAAUCCGUCAUUCAGUGCCGACAGCAACCAGCAUCAAUAACGCCAACGACAGCAACACGGACAGCAGUGGCGGCAGCAGUAGCAACAACAAGCUCGAUUUACGACUACUUCCACGCUACACCGACAUCAGAAAAGGCGAAUUCCUACCCACUUCCCAAGACCUCCUUGACGUACUGGCCGAUAUUUUGGGGACAAAUGAUGAUGGCCCUGAUGACGCCAUCUUGGAUUUUGAGUUUUUAGGGGCUGGGGUGCUUCUGGAAAAGUCGAUGCUGACUAAAACCAGGAAUGGAAAAUUGGUUGGUUUGUUUGUUUGUUCGUCCAUGUGUUUGUUUGUAUGCUGGUUAAGUGAGAAGAUAAGGAUUUUGAUCAGGAUUGGCCAUGAAAUUUAUGACUGUGUGUAUUCAAUUGAGGGUUAA